UUGGUUUAGUAUAACCACUUCACAAACUAGAUCAAAAUUUCAUGGUGUUCAAAACACAGAUACUUCCGGAAAAUACAGCUAUACAUUAAUUACAAUUACGCAUUUACUAACUUAAGUUCAUGUGCUCCAGAUACACCAGAUCUUAAGCAUGGAUAACGAUGAUAUUACACUACCUGCAGAUACAUUAGCUAUACUUAAUCAGUUUUAGCGGAGCGUACGCAACGUGGCAUGACGAGAGCAGCGCAUGGUAAAUCAAACUGGCAAGGAUGCACAUUUCGAGGAGGAUUGGCAACUCAGUCAGUUUUGGUACAGUGAGGGACGAAACGUGCAAUAGGGAAUGCAGUAGCUGAAAUUGUCAAGAACACGCGACUCAGACUUCCGGAUAGCUUUGUUAUCGUGCCCGUCACUCUAUGCCACAAUAAAGGAUGUUCACGACAAUGUCAACAUCUUUGAAUACGAUCAACGGUUCGCUGCCUACGGCACUGACUUUGUGCAUUAUGAUUUUAAUGGCGUUGAUAGCACUUCGGAUUACCUAAAAGACCAUCACAAAUGCUAUGAUUUGAUAAUAGCUGAUCCUCCUUUCCUGUCUGAGGAAUGCAUGACCAAGAUGUCAAAGAUAAUAAUUAGCUUACGGCGCAGCAAAGAUUCAAAGAUUGUAUUCUGUUCCGGUGAAGUAGUGGAGUCUUGGCUAACUGCCAGUCUGCCAGUUCACAAAUGCAAUUUUCGACCAGAACAUGACCGUAAUUUGGGUAACGAAUUUGUUAGUUAUGCAAACUUUAAUUUUGACCAGUAUAUUGAAAAUAAAUAGCGUUUGCUCGACUGUGCUGCUGAGACUGUA